CGCAGUGGGGAAAAUAGGUGGCCCGAGUGUAUUGGAUUAAGAAGCAAAAGAGUUGGCGAGAUCGCUGGGACAGUUUUUGUUUGACACCACACCACACCAUUCGGAAAUUUCUGGCGAUCUCUGCGUCUCUCCUAUUUCUUCUGAAUCUAACAACAACUCCCACAGAAUGGCAUCCAAUAGGGGUCAAGGUGGAAUUCAGCAGUUGUUGGCUGCUGAACAGGAGGCACAACGGAUUGUGAAUGCUGCAAAAAAUGAAAAAUUGGCUAGGUUGAAACAUGCCAAGGAAGAGGCUGAUAAGGAGAUUGCUGAAUACCGAGCUCAACUAGAGUACGAGUUUCAAAAGAAAGUGUCAGAUAGUACUGGAGAUUCUGGAGCUAAUGUGAAGCGGCUUGAGCAAGAGACUGAAGCAAAAAUCCAUCACCUGAAAACUGAGGCUGCAAGAAUAUCAGAUGAUGUUGUCGCCAUGCUCCUCAAGUAUGUAACGAGUGUGAAAAAUUAGGACCCUUUAAUAUAUAUUGGUGAUGAGGACUCGUAAGUUAUGAUGAUUAUUGUCUUGAGUUUAUUUUUUUCCUCUAGAUAUUAUUCUGGUGCGGUUAAGAUUCUUGUUUUGGCUACAAUGCUUUGUACCUUGCUGCGCUGUAUUCAGAGAAAUAACUUCAGAUUUGUUAAAAUAAACAGUUCAGAAUUAAGAGAUGUGA